AUGACGAUGCUGAUGUUGUUGUUGGUAGUGGCGUUGUUGGGGACGCUGCUGAUGUUGACGAUGACGAUGGCGGGUCUCGCGUGUACAUGGCCGUCGUCGCGAGGCGGCGCAUGCAGUCAGUUCGUUGGGCAGCGGGAAGCAAUCCCCUUUUCUUCUUGCAUGCAGCUCCUUCUGCACAGGCGCGAACAAAAGAGGGGGAAGGAGUGUGCAGAUUGCAGCAGUUGUGUGAACGAAUACGGCAAUAUUUGGGUAGGGAGAGUUCCCAGCAACGGGCGAGGGUUGAUGUCACCAGUCACCACCCAGUCGUUGUACAGCGCGCGCCCGCGCGUUGAGGGUCAACAAAUUCGGGACGGCACAUGCUCCGGCGCGGAGGGUAUUGGCUGGGCGGUGGAGCUGCUGCUGGUGCUUGCUGGUGCUUGUGCUGCUGCUGUGCGGUGGGUGGGUGGCGUCUUUGCAUGUGAUUGUGUCUCUCUCCUGCUCUGUCCGCUCCCUGUUCUGUCUUUGUGUGGCGGACAUUGA